AUGUCGUCGAGCAAUGCUGGGUCUCGAUUGUUUGGUGACGAAGAUCCUUUUGCCAUUGUGAAUUCAGAUGAGGACGUUACUGUUACUGCCGCCCCUCAGAAGAAAAACAAGAAAAAGAUCGUGAAGGUGGGUGAUAGGGCAAAAUCCAAGAAGGCCAUGACGGAUGUGCCCCCGAAGGAAACUGCCCAACCAAGCGUCGAGACGGUGCCCGUUGCCACUGAGUUCGUGCAGAAAACUGUACCGAAGACAGGGCCAAGUAUAGUUCCUCCUGGGGUAGGGAAAGGAAAGGGCCCUCUCGAGGGAGAGGCCGUAGUCUUGCCUCCCCAACUGUUUGAGGGAGGUCCGACUGUGGCAGUUCAUACCUUCAGCAACCCCCCUUCAAUCGAGUGUCCUAUUCUCGAGGAAUUCGCUGCCCAACUGAAUGAAGCUGACAGCUUGCGGCUGAUGAGUGCAGCCUCGAUGGCCUACUUAGUGCAGCUGAGGAAACUUCGAGAGGACUUGGUAGCAGCAAGGGCAGAAAGGGACGAGGCGUUGUUCGAGGUGGUUACCCUCGAAGAGAAGGUUCGCCAAGUUCAGGCCAAGGAAGCAGAGAUUGUUGAGGUGCAGGCCAAAUAUGACGAGCUCGACGAGAAGAUGAAGUCAUUUGCCAGCCUGCAUAUCUCCAACGAGGAGCUCCACCAAUGGUGUACCGCCUUUAUGUAUAGAAUGAUGUCCACGGGCGGAAUGGUGGCAGCUCUCGAGGAGGACCCAAAGAAAACCAUGCACGAGGCCAUGGUGAAGGUUUUGACGAGGUUGAGCCUUGAGCAGCUCCCUCUGUGGGGAGCUUUGACCGGUGCCAUUCCCAAGAUGAGUUCACUUGCGGAGAUUGCCUCGUUUCCAAGCGACGUCCCUGCUGUCCUGGCCAAGGGUCCAAGUGAGGAAGACCCCAUCCCCAAGGUUCUUGACGAGUAUAUGGGCAUCGAGCUCGAGGAUGCUGAUGAGGAAGCCGAGGAGGAUGUUGCUGAUACCGGUCACUCCGGAGUUCAGAGAACCGCUGAGGAUGCCUCUCAGGCCCCUUCCAAGGACCCUUCCAAUGAUCCUUCCAAUGAUCCUCACCCAGGCAGUGAUGCUGAAAGUUGGAGCGUUCACCGCGUUCACCACAUGGUGUUAUCAGGGGAGCAAUCGAGGGAGUUCCCAUUAUAUUCCAUGAUAAGCGGGAUUCUGAGAAGUCGUGCUGACGUGCACAACCUCGAGACAGUGGCGCAUUUGGAGAAUGACAUGCUCGAUGCCAUGAGGACGCACAACGUGAAGGUUAACCAGCAUCUAAUAAACGAGAUCAAAGGACUUCGUGAGGAGAUGCAGCGUCGAGAGGUUCAAAGCCUGAGAGACCAUAGUGAUUCUUUGACUUUCGAGGCCGAGAUUCAUGAUGAGCUGGUAACCAUGGAGAAGGAAAAUGCUCGGCUUAGGGCAAGACAGCAGAUUACUGUGUCUCCCUGGUUUCUCGAGAAGCACCAGGUUUUAGCUCGAGUCCAGCACAUGAUUAUGGUCAGGACUUGCCAGUUCGCUGCCAUGGAUAUAUUGAAAGAGAGGUCUCUUGAAAUGGAGCUUCUUACAAAUUAG